AUGGUCGGGCGUUUCGAAACGCCCAGGAAACGGCUUGAAACAUAUUUUGCCAUGAUACACCCUCGUUUCCCUGGUAUGGUCCCGACAGCCGCGCUCUCUUUCACGCUCCUAGCAUUCGGUGCGAUUCCUGCGUAUGAAGCCUCGAUCGACGCGAUUUUCUUCAUCAGUGUUGCUGCCGAUCAUGACGUCACCCCUAGAGAUUGCCACAUUGCGUUCUGGGCGUUGGGUAGUUCCACUGAUCCUUGCAGGGAGGGCUGCUCCGCCGUCGGCGCCGCCCGCAUAGGUUUGAACACGUUCGAAACGCCCUUCAAGAAGGGCGGAAACGACACAUCGUAUCUCAUGACACUGGAGUGCCCUCGCACGCGCAUCACUGCUGCGUCUUGCUCGAUUAUCGACUAUCCUUUGCUUCCUGGGUUUUGGCCGCAUGACUCCUUCGUCGUCUUGAGGCCGUCCCAUGCGCCGGUUAGUCUCGGCAGGCUGCCAUCAAGCGAAGACUUCGGCGGAUCAGGGAGCGCAGAACCUGCAUGGCAGCGAGCGCUGCGUCUUCUCAAAUGCUCACUGCUCUGUUGUCCUUGUCAAAUCAAAUGGCUGUUUAUGGCUGCCUACAUCGGGUUAACUGUCUUCUUGGCAGUAGCCUGGAUUCUAAAGACAAGUCACAGCGAUGCAGUCUUUCAGCACGCCCGCAGUACUUUAAAACUCUAUCAUCUGGCUGACGGACAGCACACGGCGCCUCGCUGUCAGAAACCAAUAUGUUCGUAA